GGGGAGGAGGAAAAUUCGAUGGGUUUUCUGGUGGAUACGCAAAAGGAAGGAGGUGGACAUUCAUGGGGUUACCUCAGGAGUUUGGUCAGAAGGAAACAGGUCGACUCUGCAAUCGCCUCUUCUUCUCAGCAUCAGCUCGCCAAAGCCCUAACUGUUCCUCACUUGGUUGCAAUUGGUGUGGGAGCAACAAUAGGAGCAGGAGUGUAUAUUCUUGUGGGAACAGUUGCGAGGGAGCAUUCAGGGCCGGCUCUUGCUUUGUCCUUCCUCAUUGCUGGGAUUGCCGCUGCGCUCUCUGCCUUCUGCUAUGCUGAACUCUCUAGUCGUUGUCCCUCUGCGGGCAGUGCCUACCACUAUUCUUACAUUUGUGUAGGCGAAGGUGUUGCUUGGUUGAUCGGUUGGGCUCUGAUUCUCGAAUACACCAUUGGUGGCUCAGCUGUUGCCCGAGGCAUAUCCCCUAAUCUGGCAUUGAUUUUUGGUGGGGAGGAUGGUUUGCCUUCAUUCUUAGCGCGUCACCAGAUCCCAGGCCUUGAUGUUGUUGUUGAUCCGUGUGCUGCUAUUCUAGUCUUCAUUGUAACUGGCCUUUUGUGCUUGGGAAUUAAGGAGAGCACAUUUGCUCAGGGGAUUGUGACUGCAGCCAAUGUGUGUGUCUUGUUAUUUGUCAUCGUAGCUGGUACUUAUCUGGGCUUCAAGACAGGUUGGGCUGGUUACGAACUCUCGACAGGGUUUUUUCCAUUCGGAGUGGAUGGGAUGUUUGCUGGCUCUGCUACAGUGUUCUUUGCAUUCAUUGGGUUUGAUUCGGUUGCAAGUACUGCAGAGGAGGUGAAAAAUCCCCAACGGGAUUUACCAAUUGGUAUUGGUCUUGCACUCUUCCUCUGUUGUUCUCUCUACAUGAUGGUCUCCAUUGUUAUUGUUGGUUUAGUUCCUUACUAUGCCAUGGAUCCUGACACUCCCAUUUCCUCUGCGUUCGCUAGUCAUGACAUGCAGUGGGCCGUAUACUUGAUUACCUUAGGAGCUGUCAUGGCACUCUGCUCAGCUUUAAUGGGUGCCCUUCUCCCUCAGCCGCGAAUUCUGAUGGCAAUGGCUAGGGAUGGUUUGCUACCUUCUAUCUUCUCAGACGUUAACAGAAGCACACAGGUCCCGGUGAAAGCGACCAUAGCAACUGGGAUUUGUGCGGCAACCUUGGCGUUCUUUAUGGAUGUUUCACAGCUUGCAGGCAUGGUGAGUGUUGGGACACUUUUGGCAUUUACGAUGGUGGCAAUAUCAGUGUUGAUACUCAGAUAUGUUCCUCCAGAUGAGCUACCUCUUCCGUCAUCUCUUCAAGACAGAAUUGAUUCUGUUACAUUUGAUCAUGUUGGGUCAUCGAGUAGUAGCACAAAACAGCCUUUAAUUGGGAAGAAUGAUGCUCCGGUUCAUUUCCCAGUUGUCGAGAAGCAAGAAGCUCUUGGGUGCUGGGUUAUCAGCGAAGAGAAGAGGAGGACAGUCGCGGGAUGGAGCAUUAUGUGCACUUGUAUUGGGGCCUUCCUUCUAAGUUAUGUGGCAUCAAGCCUCAACUUCCCAGGGUUAGUUAGAUAUCCACUGUGUGGUGUUGGUGGAAUCCUGCUCCUUGCUGGUUUGAUUGCUCUGACUUCUAUAGAUCAAGAUGAUGCCAGGCACACUUUUGGACAUUCUGGAGGUUUCAUAUGCCCGUUUGUUCCACUCCUGCCAAUCAUAUGCAUACUCAUCAACAUGUACCUUUUGGUCAACCUUGGGUCUGCAACAUGGGGUCGUGUCUCGGUGUGGCUGCUCAUUGGAGUGGUUGUCUAUGUUUUCUACGGCCGAAAACACAGCUCGCUCGCAAAUGCAGUUUACGUUACUACAGCUCAUGCGGAGGAGAUAUAUCGUGAACAUGAAGUUUCUUUGGCUUAG